ACUCUGUCCCCCAUCGUCGCAUAUCGCUUCACACGGGCUUGCUUGUCUCGCCAUUAUCUCUCUCCGUGGGAUCUGUAUAUACUUUAUGUUAAUAUGGAUACAUAUGCGGGUUGACUUCCCUGAAACUGGCUAGCUGACUGUUCUCCGAUGCGGAGGCGUUUGUAAGCCUUCCACGUUCUGUUUCAAAUGGCGCGCCCAGACAGGCGCGUCAAUCUAGCGGUUGCCAGGACUAUUCCGCCAUUUCUAUUGUGCGUAUGUGUAUAUGCAAGCUAUAUUGUCACCAAGCCGUUAUGCAUUGACUACUUGAUACGCCCUCUCCCUAAAUAUUCCCGAGGCAGUCGAGUUGGCGCCGGCAUAGCCAUUCUCGUUAUCUUCUACAUACUCAUCUUUGUCGCUAUAAUAACAUAUCUCCGGCUGUUGUAUAAUGUCACCCGCAACCCCGGCUUCCUCCCCCGAUCGUCCCCGCCGACGAAGGAACAGCAAGAAACGGAACCAUCGGAACGCCCUCAACGCAGGAAGAGAAAGCACCGAAGGACAAGAACUGCCGAGAAGCCAGAUAAGACGGAUAUAGACAUCGAAAGAGGUGCAGACGACAACGCUGACGGUGGUGCAAUUUCUUUGGAUAUUACCGGGUUGGAAAGUUUUUAUACAAAAGAUGUUUUUGUUUGUCAAGAGGAUGGAAGACCACUUUAUUGCUCGACAUGUUGUCGCUACAAGCCGGAUAGAGCACAUCACUGUCGAGAGGUAGACAGAUGUGUGCUUAAGAUGGACCACUUUUGUCCUUGGGUAGGAGGCGUGGUUUCCGAAACAUCGUUCAAGUUCUUCAUACAAUUCGUGUUUUAUACUCUGAUAUUCUGCGUAUUCAGUCUGAUAAUAUGCGCAACCUUUACGGCUGAGAUCAUCCAAUAUACUGGCGGAGCAAACGUUCAUCUUGCCAUUGGUAUUGGAUUCUCCUUACAGCUCGCGAUGUGGAAUCUGUCCACAAUUGAGAACCUGAACCGUCGGUCUGCAGUCUGGACUUUGGCUAUACGCGUGCCAGAUCGUAUGCUGGCAAGGCUCAACCCCGAGUCACGAUGGGCACCCACAUUCCGCACCAUAACGUACCCACUGCCACCUGUGCCUCUAUCUCCUGAGGCAGCAAGAGAUUACCAGCCACCAGAGAAGCAGCAUGUCUUUGCCAUUCUCCAAACCCUACCUGGCGAAAAUCCUUUCGACCUCGGCAGCCCCUUCAAAAACCUCCAACAGGUCCUGGGGUAUUCCAUCAUCGACUGGUUCUUACCUCUCAAGCAAAGCCCAUGUGCAGACCGCACUACAGGGGACAGCUUCUACGAAUUAGGACCGGUAGUGUCCCGUCUGAAAAAGGAGGCCGGACUAAAUCCUCCACCCGAAUCCCAACCCACUACACAGACUGACACCGAAAGAAAACACAAGCGAAGACGAAGUUCACAUAGACAAUCGCAAGAGUGA